GCCCCGCCAGCCCCGGGAGCGGGCCCCAAGCGAGCAGCCUCUCGGUGCCCCGCGCAGCGCGCACUGGCUCCCGGUCCACAACAGCGUCGCCACGCACGGCCUCCCGGUCCUCCGCGUGGCGCUCACUCGCCCCUUACCCUCGCGAGGGGCGGCGGGGUCGGCGGCGGCGGCGGCGGCGGCGGCGGCGACCCAGCGCGCAAGCGCGGUCGGAUUCCCGGCAGUGACGCGGCGGCGGGCGCGCGCAGCGCAUUUCCGCCUCUGGCGAAUGGCUCUGCUGUAGCGCGCGCCGCGGGCCCAGCUGCGACCCCGGCCCCGCCCCCGGGACCCCGGCCAUGGACGACCUCUUCCCCCUCAUCUUCCCCGCGGAGCCGGCCCAGGCCUCCGGCCCCUAUGUGGAGAUCAUCGAGCAGCCCAAGCAGCGGGGCAUGCGCUUUCGCUACAAGUGUGAGGGCCGCUCAGCAGGCAGUAUCCCAGGCGAGAGGAGCACAGACACCACCAAGACCCACCCUACCAUCAAGGUCAGCACAGCGCCCGGGUGGGGGACAUUGAGUCAGUAUGGGAGGGACUUGCGUUCAGGCCCACACAGUCUGUGUCUGGGAGGUGAGCCUGGAAUUUCUGAGCCUCUAGGGUUCUCUCUGUACUUUGGACAGAUCAAUGGUUACACGGGGCCAGGGACAGUCCGCAUCUCCCUGGUGACCAAGGACCCCCCUCACCGGCCUCACCCCCAUGAGCUUGUGGGGAAAGACUGCCGGGAUGGCUUCUAUGAGGCUGAGCUCUGCCCGGACCGCUGCAUCCACAGCUUCCAGAACCUGGGGAUCCAGUGUGUAAAGAAGCGGGACCUGGAGCAGGCCAUCAGUCAGCGCAUCCAGACCAACAACAACCCCUUCCAAGUUCCCGUAGAAGAGCAGCGUGGGGACUACGACCUGAAUGCUGUCCGGCUCUGCUUCCAGGUGACAGUGCGGGACCCGGCAGGCAGGCCCCUACGCCUGUCGCCUGCCCUCUCUCAUCCCAUCUUUGACAACCGCGCCCCCAACACUGCCGAGCUCAAGAUCUGCCGAGUGAAUCGGAACUCUGGGAGCUGCCUUGGGGGGGAUGAGAUCUUCCUGCUGUGUGACAAGGUGCAGAAAGAGGAUAUCGAGGUGUAUUUCACGGGACCAGGCUGGGAGGCCCGAGGCUCCUUUUCACAAGCUGAUGUGCACCGGCAAGUGGCCAUUGUGUUCCGGACGCCCCCCUAUGCGGACCCCAGCCUGCAGGCCCCCGUGCGCGUCUCCAUGCAGCUGCGGCGGCCUUCUGAUCGGGAGCUCAGCGAACCCAUGGAAUUCCAGUACUUGCCAGACACAGAUGAUCGCCACCGGAUUGAGGAGAAACGCAAAAGGACGUAUGAGACCUUUAAGAGCAUCAUGAAAAAGAGCCCUUUCAAUGGACCCACCGACCACCGGCCUCCGACCCGGCGCAUCGCUGUGCCUUCCCGCAGCUCAACUUCCGUCCCCAAGCCACCUCCCCAGCCCUAUCCCUUUACACCAUCUCUCAGCACCAUCAACUUUGAGGAGUUCUCCCCCAUGGUCUUUCCUUCUGGGCAGAUCCCAAGCCAGACCUCGGCCUUGGCACCGGCCCCUGCCCUAGUCCUGGCCCAGGCCCCAGCCCCUGCCCCAGCCAUGGCAUCAGCCCUGGCCCAGGCCCCAGCCCCUGGCCCCGUCCUAGCCCCAGGCCUUGCUCAGGCUGUGACCCCACCUGCCCCCAAGACUAACCCGGCUGGGGAAGGGACACUGACAGAGGCUCUGCUGCAGCUGCAGUUUGACGCUGAUGAAGACCUGGGGGCCCUGCUCGGCAAUAGCACAGAUCCAGCCGUGUUCACAGACCUGGCAUCCGUCGACAACUCUGAGUUUCAGCAGCUGCUGAACCAGGGUGUACCCAUGGCCCCCCAUACAGCUGAGCCCAUGCUGAUGGAGUACCCUGAGGCUAUAACUCGUCUGGUGACAGGGUCCCAGAGGCCCCCUGACCCAGUUCCCACUCCCCUGGGAGCCUCUGGCCUCACCAACGGCCUUCUCUCAGGGGAUGAAGACUUCUCCUCCAUUGCGGACAUGGACUUCUCAGCCCUUCUGAGUCAGAUCAGCUCCUAAAGGGCAGGGACCUGCCCUGCCCUGCCCAGAGCACUGGGUUGCAAGCCCUCCCAAAGCAAGCACUUACGGAUUCGGGGGGGGGGGGGGGGUGUUCUCCAGCUGCCCCCUACUUCUUUGGGUGAUGUCUUUCUGGGGAGGGGGGUGCAUUUUAUUCUUCUAUUGGCAGUAGCUGUCUCUCUCUUUUUGGAGGUGCUUAAGCAGAAGCAUUAACUUCUCUGGAAAGGGGAGAGCUGGGAAAACUCAAACUCUUCCUUCCCUUAUCCUGAUAUUCAGCUCCAGUCUCUAUAGGGAAUUUUGGGGUCCCUCAACCCCACCCUCCAGCUUCUAGUACUCUCCUAGAGAGAGGGACAGGCUGGAGCUAUGGCCUUUGAGGCCACAAAGCCUUAUUACCAAGUGUCUGCCUCAAAUCGUGGGUUCACUUACACCUUGAGCCAAAAUAAUGCCCCUGUUACCAGCCCCUGUGUGGUGCUGGCGUUCUUUGUGCCAAACCACCAGCAUUUGAGGGGCUGGCCUUCCUACCCUGCAGAGGGCUCUGCCAGCUCUUUCCUUGCUGGGCUGUGGUUGAAGGGAACUGGUGGGAUAGCACUGGCCUUCUCCAGGAUCCAGGGAGGUUCUCUCUGAGACUGCUCUGUUCCCCCUUUUCUCAAGUGCCUUAGUAGUAGGGCGAGUUGUUUGGAGGGUCAGGGGGAGAGCAGGCUGACUGCUCUCCAGUCAAAAGGCUCAGUUUUUAGUGAAGAAUCAAAGUGUUUAUAGACUAUUGCUUUUUCUACUCUGAACUAAUAAAUUCAUUGCCAAGCUGG